AUGAAGUGCGAUAACUCGAAGAAUAUAGGCACUUCGCCAGAUGUGGACAACCAGGUGACGGUGACUGAGGGUGCCUCGCCGGAUCUAUCGAUAUUAGUCAGACCCGAGGACACCCGAGGAGAAGUGUUGGCCAUCCAGGACCCUGCCACUGAAGAUAAUGUAGAGACAGUCGAGAUAAACUCCGGAAACGAUGUCGAUUUAAUGCAGGAGCAGCCGAUUAGCGACUUUUGGUCAUCGACUGAAUCGCUAGACUCGGACGACGAUUCGUCGUACGACGGCUGCAUCGAUGACUCCUGUCAACGGAAAUCCCGGUCACCGGAAGUGCGUUUGCCCACUAACGCCGCCCAGUUCGAUGCAGCGAGGGAAAUAGUGCCGUCGAGCACUCGGCGCUUCCACCGAAGCACUAUUUUCCUGGAUGUGUGGAAGAUUAGUACGCUGAAAGCAGAACAGCCGGACGGUUCAGUCAUCCAUUUGCACGAAUUUAGUCGGACGGACUACAAGCAGUGGCUGCCGCUCCCGGACCAACCCGUCCUGCCGUGUCCGCCCGAAGACGACCAAAGUUGGUCAUCGGACGUCGACCGAUCGUGGCUGUCGGACGAGGAGUUGGGGCCGGUGUCUGUCGAGCGAAGGGCUGUACCGGAACGAGAAAUAAAAUCAGACGGAGAGGAAACUUGGGAGGUAUACGACGAGGCAUUGUGGACAUCUGCAGGAGACGGGAACUUGAAGCCACCGUCAGACCACGAAAAUGUCGACGAGAUAGUGGCUGCUGCAGAUGAAACGAUUGAAGCCAUGCCUAAACGCAGAUCGUUCCUGUCGUCCUUAGGAAGGCGACUCCUCAAUGCCGGCAGAAAGAUGUUCUGCUGUGGUGUCGGCCGUAAGCAGAGUACAAAGCUUUGA